AUGCCGCGAGGGCCGGGCAUCUACACCCUCUCCCAGCGAGGGCCGGGCAUCUACACCCUCUCCCAGCGAGGGCCGGGCAUCUACACCCUCUCCCAGCGAGGGCCGGGCAUCUACACCCUCUCCCAGCGAGGGCCGGGCAUCUACACCCUCUCCCAGCGAGGGCCGGGCAUCUACACCCUCUCCCAGCGAGGGCCGGGCAUCUACACCCUCUCCCAGCGAGGGCCGGGCAUCUACACCCUCUCCCAGCGAGGGCCGGGCAUCUACACCCUCUCCCAGCGAGGGCCGGGCAUCUACACCCUCUCCCAGCGAGGGCCGGGCAUCUACACCCUCUCCCAGCGAGGGCCGGGCAUCUACACCCUCUCCCAGCGAGGGCCGGGCAUCUACACCCUCUCCCAGCGAGGGCCGGGCAUCUACACCCUCUCCCAGCGAGGGCCGGGCAUCUACACCCUCUCCCAGCGAGGGCCGGGCAUCUACACCCUCUCCCAGCGAGGGCCGGGCAUCUACACCCUCUCCCAGCGAGGGCCGGGCAUCUACACCCUCUCCCAGCGAGGGCCGGGCAUCUACACCCUCUCCCAGGCAGGGCCGGGCAUCUACACCUUCUCCCAGGGCCAGGCGUCGACGCCCUCUCCCGGCCAGGGCCAGGCGUCGACGCCCUCUCCCGGCCAGGGCCAGGCGUCGACGCCCUCUCCCGGCCAGGGCCAGGCGUCGACGCCCUCUCCCGGCCAGGGCCAGGCGUCGACGCCCUCUCCCGGCCAGGGCCAGGCGUCGACGCCCUCUCCCGGCCAGGGCCAGGCGUCGCGCCCUCUCCCGGCCAGGGCCAGGCAUCUGCGCCCUCUCCCGGCCAGGGCCAGGCAUCUGCGCCCUCUCCCGGCCAGGCCAGGCGUCUGCGCCCUCUCCCCGGCCAGGCCAGGCGUCUGCGCCCUCUCUCCCGGCCAGGCCAGGCGUCUGCGCCCUCUCCCGGCCAGGGCAUCUGCGCCCUCUCCCGGCCAGGGCCAGGCGUCGCGCCCUCUCCCGGCCAGGGCCAGGCGUCUGCGCCCUCUCCCGGCCAGGGCCAGGCGUCUGCGCCCUCUCCCGGCCAGGGCCAGGCAUCGGCGCCCUCUCUCCCGGCCAGGGCCAGGCGUCGGCGCCCUCUCCCGGCCAGGGCCAGGCGUCGGCGCCCUCUCUCCCAGGCCAGGCGUCGGCGCCCUCUCUCCCGGCCAGGGCCAGGCGUCGGCGCCCUCUCCCGGCCAGGGCCAGGCGUCGGCGCCCUCUCCCGGCCAGGGCCAGGCGUCGGCGCCCUCUCCCGGCCAGGGCCAGGCGUCGGCGCCCUCUCCCGGCCAGGGCCAGGCGUCGGCGCCCUCUCCCGGCCAGGGCCUGGCGUCGGCGCCCUCUCCCGGCCAGGGCCAGGCAGCUUCCUCUCCUCUCUUAAAUGCCUGCCACGUCAGCUACACCCUCUUCUGGCCAGACCCAGGCAGGCAGGCCCAGACUGCUACCUAA